GUUUUGUUUGCGAAUCCAAAAGUUUUGUUUGCGAAUCCAAAAAUUUUGCUUGCGAAUCCAAAAGUUUUGCUUGCGAAUCCAAAAGUUUUGCUUGCGAAUCCAAAAGCUUUGCUUGCUGUUGAGCUGAAUCUCGUGGGCGGGACCUACGCCGAAAGAUGUAAGACACGUCUCUAUUGGCCAGUCUCGAUCGGAGUGACAGCUUGGCAACACCCACAGUUAGUAACGAGAGAGGGAGUUUUGAAGUCCAUGAUGAGAACGAGCGGGACUCGGGAGCCGAGAGGAUAGAAAAUCAAUGCGCAGAAUGGAAAACCAACCGGGCAGAUCACAGGCCCAGGAACCCAUGCGAUGGCAGCUCCUGCAGAGAGUCAGGGAUAGACUUACUUCUGUCAUCAACAGGCAACCCAUUGACUUUGAAUACCUGCACUUUGUUUGCUCUCAGGAGUUGCAGUUUGUUCGAGCUGGGGCAGCCUAUAUUGACCUUCCUGAGUGUGUUGUAGACAGUCUACAACAGCUGUCUGAAGUUGUCAGCACUUAUCUCUCACAGAGUAUUGUCCCUCCACUAUUGGAUGAUGUAACUGUGGUUGAAUGGACUGGGAGUGUGGGGCGACCCCGGCUAAACAUAGAAAGUCAAACCCUCCUGAAUCUACUCAGUACUGGGUUACCACUGACUUCUUUGACUGACCUCCAUGGCAUUUCAAGGUCAACUCUGUAUAGACGGAUGCAAGAGCAUAACCUCUCUGUCAGAAAAUGCUAUUCUGACAUAUCAGAUGAUGUGCUAGAUCAGAAGGUUAGGUCUAUAAAGGCAAGAAUGCCCCAUGCUGGCUACAGGCUAGUGAAAGGAUCUCUACAAGCAAUGGGGCAUCGGAUUUCGUGGAGAAGAGUAAAGAUGUCAUUGCAGCGUGUGGAUGGUGCAGGAAUAAUUGCCAGGAUGGUCCAGCUGUCUUGCAUUGCAAGACGGACAUACUCUGUUCCCGCUCCCUUGUCUCUUGUCCACAUCGACACAAACCACAAGUUAAUAAGGUACAACAUUGUGAUUUUUGGAGCAAUUGAUGGCUUUUCAAGGAAGAUCUUUUACCUGGACACAGCUGGGAAUAACAGAGCAGAGACGGCUUUUGGAUUCUUCAUGGAUGGAGUUCGGAAAAAUGGAUGGCCAUCAAGGCAAGCGCAUUAA